UGUUGAUGUUCUCCAAUAACUCAACUUUCUUGCAAAUGGAUGGAAUAUCCAAGAAUAGCAGAAAGAUAAGGAGCGAAGCUGCUGAGUAUAAAUAUCCACUUAGUCUUUUUUCUUAUGACAAAUGGAUCAAGAUUGCCACGAAGGUAGCAUCCAACUUAAUUCAGGAACUGUUCCAAAUGAAGGCGACUUGCAAGGUAUUUUUGGAUGCAGCGAAGUCCGACGUUGUCUUCAAGCAUUCGACGAUGUGGUAUUUACUGCAGGGAGUUUCAUAUUUCCUUGACCGGUAUGCAACUAGGUUCGUUGAGCGUUGCUUGAAAACUGGAAAUCCGAAAGACUUAUUCCAGGAUGAGUUGAUGCAAUAUUUCUAGUUUGGCCACCCUGAUCUUAGAAUGGAGCGCUGACUAGGGCUACAAUGGAUGACCACAUUGAAGCUAGUUACAUUUGUGCCAUGCUGCUACUAUGUGCUAACAAAGACGAAGAGCAUAGAAGAAGGGGAGUUGAAUUUUUUAAAAUUGUACUUGUUUUUGGGGCAGUCAAAAGGUGCAAAGUGAUCUUCAGGGAUAUGUUCCAACUGGAGUGUUGGGUGGAGGAGAGACCUUUAGAUCCUGGACAACCCAUAACUUGUCAAUCCACCAGGUACUCUAUCAACGGUGUUAUGAGUGUUGUUGAAGAUGUUUAUAGUGUCUCCUACUUGCAUUGCCUUGCUGAUUACGAGCAAUAUUGCAUCAUGAUGAGUAAUCCACAAAUGUGGAACUGGUGAAUUCAGUAACCUGCAAAAUGCAGCUUGUGUUUAGCAUAGGAGGAGAACCCAGCUUCGAAAUGUGUCUCUGUGCCUCCUGCAUGCCAACACCUCGAACCUCCAAAACGUAAGAUGCGUUUGGCAGGUGCACAGCAAAACGCAACCUGCGUUUGGCAGUCUUCCCACCUGCAUGUGUGACACGUGUAAAGGAGAGUGGUGGAGCCUACCUAUAAAACCAAAAUGCAUGCCACGAGAAUUUUAGUUUUCCUUUCAUAUUACAUGCUGUGAGUGAGUUUUGAGAGUGAAAGGGUUGGGAUUAAGGUUGAAAGGGAGUAAGUUUGUGAGGAGGAAAAAUUAGUGAAUGUUUGGGGCUUUAUAUAGUGAAGAAGAAAAAAUGGUUCGUAAUUUUACUUUACCUGAGAAACACAUUAUUGAAUAUUUGAAUCAUCCUCAAUUAGUGAGUAAUUUUUUUAAGUUUAC